AUGAGCAUUGGUCUGUUGCUAGGACGAAAGCACACGAGCAACAAGCAGGUGGUGGAGGCGGAGGUGGUGCUCCAGGACGACCAGGUGGUUGGCGCAUCGUGGCAGAUGCAACAGGUGUACAACUACGGUGCCAGCAACAACGGCUACUACUUGAGGAACGUGAGCAGCGUCGGCUACGACGUGCUUUUCGACCAUAUGUGGCAUCGUGCGCCGGGACGCGACGACGUUGACGCCUGUCGGCUGGCGCCCGCCUAUGUGGGGUGCGCAAGUAGGUGGCCAGGAUAA